GAUUUUUUGGUUUUGUUUUCUAGAACGACUAUUUGCAAUCUCUACACCAUGCCACGGAUUGGGGAACCUGUCUGGCUUACUAUGAUGUCGGGGACACCAGAAAAGAACCAGCUUUGCCAUCGCUUCAUGAAAGAAUUCACUUUCUUGAUGGAAAAUGCUUCUAAAAACCAGUUUUUACCAGCUUUACUGACUGCAGUCCUGACUAACCACAUGGCCUGGGUCCCUACCGUCAUGCCGAAUGGCCAGCCGCCGAUAAGAAUCUUCUUGGAAAAGCAUUCAUCCCAGAGCGUGGACAUGCUGGCCAAAACUCAUCCCUACAACCCUCUGUGGGCACAGCUCGGUGACCUCUAUGGGGCUAUUGGAUCACCUGUGAGAUUGGCAAAAACAGUUGUGGUUGGCAAAAGGCAUGACCUGGUACAGAGAUUGCUUUAUUUCCUCACUUAUUUCAUCAGAUGUUCUGAACUUCAAGAAACGCAUCUUCUAGAAAAUGGGGAAGAUGAAGCCAUUGUCAUGCCUGGAACUGUUAUAACAACCACGCUGGAGAAAGGAGAAGUAGAAGAAUCUGAGUAUGUGCUUGUCACGAUGCACAAGAACAGGGGCAACUUGCUACCGACGGAGUCUGAAGAAGUGAGAACUUCUAAUUGUAGCUGUAAAUAUUGCAAAUGUCCGAUUUCCCUUGCACAAAACAUAGAAGGUGUCUCACAGCAAGAGAGAGAAGACAGUCAAAACACUCCUAAGGUAGAGCUGGAAUCUUCUUCAGAUGAGAACAGAACUAUUGUUCCUGAUGAUUACCAGGAAGAUGCUGUUGACGCUAAGCAAUCGAGACCCUGCCUGGACACAAAACUAGAGACCGUGGUGUGCACGGGGUCAGCCUCACCAGAAAAACGUGUGGUGACAGAAUCUGGUUUGGAGCCAACGGCAGAUGUGUGGAGGAACGAGGACUCGUUGGAAUCGGGCAACCAGGCGGUCGGUGUAACGAGGUCACCGGGCAUCGCGGUGGAAAAGAAGCCACCGGAUAAGCUCUUCUGCGAUGCGUUUCCUUGCAGUGCUGCCGAAGCUCAGACUAAAGUGACGUUCCUCAUCGGAGAUUCCAUGUCACCCGAUUCAGACAUCGAACUCAGAAGUCAGGCAGUAGUGGAACAAAUUUCCAGGCAUCACAGCCCGCCAGCGACGGAGGAAGGAGUGUCUGCUGAUCCCAACUGUGAAACUAAACAAACUGUUGAGGACCAAAAUAGAGACUGUGGGACAGCCGAACCUUUCCCUCAAGUUGGUAGUGAGCAUCAGAGCUGGAAUACGAAUCCAUACACCGCCGAGAGCAUGAGUCUGUUUGAUGAAUAUUUUACUGAUGACAGUUCAGUUGAAACCCGGACUAUUGAUGAUAUUCCAGGGCAAGCAGCUCCAGACCUUCUUGCUCACAACAGUAGUUUAGAGUUUUCUAAAAAGCUGUGUACGAAGGCUAGCAAAGCACCUAGCGAAUUUUGUAAAUUUAUGGACUCUGUUCGACAAGAGACCUACAAAAACUGCUUUAAUGAGCAGGACCAAAGAGAGAAAAUCUCUAUUCGUGUCCCCCAUGGGGACAGAGAAAACGGAGAGAAAAAAGUCGCCCCGGGAAUUGAUUGGGACAUUCCAAGAAAUGAGAGUUCAGAUAGUGCCCUGGGUGACAGCGAAAGUGAGGAUACAGGUCAUGAUCUAACUAGACCAGGUGGUAACUAUUAUGGAGGAGAGCAAGAAGAUUGGGCAGAAGAAUAUGAGAUUCCUUUUCCUGGGUCAAAAUUAGUUGAAGUGAACUCUGUCCAGCCCUGUAUUGCCAAUUUUGGAAGGUCCUUACUAGGUGGCUACUGUUCAUCUUACGUCCCCGACUUUGUUUUGCAAGGAGUAGGAAGCGAUGAAAAGCUGAGGCACUGUUUGGUGUCAGAUUUGUCUCAUGCUGUGCAGAUUGUAGUCAAAGUGUCUGAUAGUGCCGGCUCCAUUGGAAAAGGAGAAACCGAUAUGAAG